AUGCCCUCUGGUCUCCCUUGCCCUGCCCUUGACCGCAGGGGCGCCCGCCGCGUUGCCACGGAAACGCCGGCCAGGCGCGGCGGCGCGCACAGCGCGCUCUCGCCUCUCGGUAGAAGUGGCGGCGGCUCCGGCUCCCGCGCGCCCUGGCGCCCCGGAGCCGCGCUCGUUGGGCUCCCACCCCGGGUCCCCGGCGGCGCGCAAGGCAAGAUGUGGAGGCGCAACCUGGAAGACCGAGAUGCUCAAACAAAACAACUGCAGGAUGCUGUCACAAAUGUGGAGAAGCAUUUUGGAGAGCUUUGCCAAAUCUUUGCUGCUUAUGUACGGAAAACGGCCAGGCUGCGAGACAAAGCCGACCUCCUGGUUAAUGAAAUCAACGUGUAUGCCUCUACCGAGACCCCAAAUUUAAAGCAGGGUCUGAAAAACUUUGCCGAUGAGUUUGCCAAACUUCAAGAUUACCGCCAAGCAGAGGUGCUAAUGAACAGGACAAAGGUUGAAAGGCUUGAAGCCAAAGUAGUUGAACCGUUGAAAGCUUAUGGAACCAUUGUAAAAAUGAAACGGGAUGAUCUCAAAGCAACAUUAACAGCAAGAAAUCGAGAAGCCAAACAGUUAUCUCAGUUAGAAAGGACUCGCCAACGAAACCCAUCCGAUCGACAUGUGAUUUCGCAGGCAGAAACUGAAUUACAGAGAGCCACGAUUGAUGCCACCCGAACAAGUCGUCAUUUGGAGGAAACUAUUGACAAUUUUGAAAAGCAGAAAAUGAAGGACAUAAAGAACAUAUUUUCUGAGUUUAUCACAAUUGAAAUGUUAUUUCAUGGCAAAGCUUUAGAGGUCUUCACUGCUGCAUACCAAAAUAUACAAAAGAUUGAUGAGGAUGAAGAUCUAGAGGUUUUCCGAAAUUCUCUGUAUCUACCAGAUUAUCCAUCUCGUUUAGAUAUUGUAAGAGCAAAUUCAAAGUCACCUCUUCAGAGAUCAGUAUCAGCUAAAUGCACAUCUGGAACUGGACAGAUAACCACCUGUCGAACAAGGAAAGACCAACAAGUAGAAGAUGAAGAUGAUGAAGAAUUAGAUGUGACAGAAGAUGAAAACUAAUUUUAAGAAAACUUCACAUUUCCAUUUUCAUGUUAAAUGGCUUGAAAUCCAGGAUCACUUUAUACUCACUUGACAGGUUAAACUUCAGAAUGAUACACUAUUAUGAAAUGGGGAGGGAGGGAUUAAAGGAAAUUAUGCUCACAAAAAAAAAAAAUGAUUUUUUUUAAUGUUAUAUACCAGUCUUUUGUUGUUUUGGUUUUUGGUUUUUUUGUUUUAUUUUUCGAGACAGGGUUUCUCUAUGUAGCCCCUGGAACUCACUGGGCAUCCUGGAACUCACUCUGUAGACCAGGCUGGCCUUGUGAACUCACAGAGAUCUGCCUGCCUCUGUCUCCUGAGUGCUGGGAUUAAAGGUGUGCAUCACUAUCCAGCUCAUACCAGUCUUUCAACAUCCUCUCUAUAGUAGUGUAUUUUUCUGUAUAUGUUCUAUUAAAAAAAGGAUUAUGUAUUUCAAAGCAUUUCAGAUUUAAUGCAGUAUAUAUACACCUAUUAAAGAUGCAAAAGGAAGCGGGUAACAACAGACUGAAUAAUUCCUUUCAGUUUCUUUUAGGUUAAAACUUUGGGUUUUAAAUACCAGGUCAGUGAAUAAUUCUGUCAUAAUGCUUUACAUAAAAAGACUGCUUCUUUUACUUUUAUUAUAACCUUAUGUUUCACCAUUUGGUAUGUAAAUUUAGUGUUUUCAGCAAAAAUGUAGCUAAAUUAAAGGUAUGGGACACUGACAUUGUAUUUUAUAAACAUACAUAAUGCUUAAAUUUCCAACUUAAAAAGGCCACAUUCAACCUUACUGGUUUUAAAACAAAACUGCUCUCACUCUAAAGCACUGUAUAUUCUACUUGUACAAGUCACUAAUUCUUGGAAGGCAAGUAAUUAGAAAUUUGCUUCCCUCAUCACUGAAUGCCAUAAACCACUACAUACACUCUAAUGAGGCCACCAGAGUCAAUAAACAUGUAUAUACUUUAUUCCUAAAUCCAUAAACUUACAUUAUAUCUGACAUUUCUUUUUCUUUUGGUAAAGAAUUACGCUUUUAAAAUCUCAAAGCAAUUAUUUAAAACAGAAAAAUUUAAAGUAUUGCUUCCUGAGAAUACUUUUAAGAUUACUUUGGUACUUUUUCUCAGAAUACUUUAAAGCCCUAGGUAGUUAAGGAGUUGAGAUUAUUACUCAAUUUUUAUAUUUUUGGUCAGUAUUCAAAUUUGAUGUUAGGGUUGAGAGUGGAAACAGCUACGGUAUUUCUGUUGCUGCUCAAUAAAUAGUAACAUCUCUCAAGCAGCAACUGCCUCAUCUGUCAAGUUAAUGCCUAAUACAGCCAACAGUUCUGGUUUUACAGCUGCUGCUGGUACUUCAGAGAAUGUUCUAAGAACAAGAGCUAAGUAUGGGGAUACAAGCCCGUUAUGCCACCACAAAGAAGGCACAGGCAGGAGGAUCAGUUGUUCAAGGUCAUCCUUGACUUCAGUUGAGUUCAGGACCAGCAUGGUCUACAAUGAUACUGAAAAAAGAACAUUAAGAUUACUUACACCUGGCAGCGGUGGCAUAUACAUUUAAUCCUAGCUAGUUCUUGGGAGGCAGAGGCAGGCAGUUGUCUGUGAGUUCAAGGCUAGCCAGGUGCACAGCAAGUCCAGGACAGCCAGGGCUGUUACACAGAGAAACCCUGUCUCAAAAAAACAAAUAACAAAGAAGAAUGUAUACAUAUACGUAUAUAAAAACAAAAGGAAUAUUACACCACAUUUUACUUUUUGUGGGCAAUAAGGCAAAAACAAGGCCACCAUGACUAUUUAUACAACCAGUUUGGAUAUAACUACAUUUAAGAAUGUGACAACUGGGCUGGGGAUUAGCACUAGCCUAGCAUGCGUGAUGAAAACCUGGGUUCAAUUCCCAGGACAAAAAUUCAGCAUGUUAAAUAGCCCAUAAUUUGGCAUCUCUAAUAAAAAUUAUGAUUAUCAAUGGUAAGGUCAUUCUCAGCUGCUUAGAUGAACACUUCUACGAUGGUUUUAUAUAUCUUAAACGAUUAACUUUACUUUCUAGACAUGUUUUAUUAUUUUUGUAUACAUUCUGAACAGAAAAAGGUAUGAUUUGAAUGCAAAAUGACACUGGGUGUUGUGUUAAGAGAACCAAUACACUCCCAGUGUACCUUCUGUUGGGAAACAGAAGACUAGCCCAUGGAAUUACUGAAGCUGGGUGAUCAAAACACGAAGCUUUAGGACUAUUUGUUCAUGUGUCUGAAACUGUAGUGUACAGUUCCCUGGGCUUGGCAAACAAGGGAAAUCUCUGACUUGGUAUAAAUAUUAGCUACUACCAUGGCCAAGUGAAGUUAAAUCAACAUGUUACUCAAGGCAGUAUUAGAAAGAGGUGUGCAAAAAUGGCUCCCGUACCAUUGUUUAGGAAACAAGUUUUCUAUACAUUUUUAUAAUGAAGUUUACAAAAUAUUAAACCUGGAGCUGAACAAGA